CUUGGGUGACAACGACACGCUCCAGUCUAUCUGGGGUAAAGAGAGCGCGGUGAAGAUCCUGGAAAGGGAAUGCUACAAAGAGCUUUGGGAGGGUGGAGUGAAACCGUUGUUUGGGCAGAAUCGCAGGGUGGCCAUCUUGGUUCUGGGAAACCCAGGCAUUGGAAAGACUGGUUUCUUGCUCUACGUGCUCGUCAUCUUGCUCAAAGAGAAGAGGAAAGUCUUGUUGCGAACAAAAGGUGGUUCUCUUUAUUACUUCAAUCCAGAUGCGGCUGGGAACCACCAUACUUGCAUGGUUGGGAGUUAUAGCGAGGCGAGGCUGGACAGGGAUCGAGACCUUGUCUUUCUGGCGGACGGAAAGCUAUCGGACGUGCCCGUUUUUCUUGGAAAGGCGCUUCUUGCGCCUACACCUCUCCGGAGCAACUACAAGGACUACGAGAACGAUGCUGCGUGCAGGAAGCUUUUUCUACCGGUGUGGCCUAGCAGGGAGCUUUCACUUCUGAGGCAAGUAGUAUUUCCGGACAAGGAUCUGCAGGCUACGAAUGAGAGAUACAAACAAUGGGGUGGAAUCCCGAGAUAUGUCUUGGAGACCACCUCGGAUGAUUUGGCAGGCAUCAUUCAGAGAAUGCCAGCCUUGGCAGACGUUGUGACAGCCGCGUCUUCUGGUGCUGUCGAGUCGGAUCAUCCAAGUCAUAAAGCUCUCUAUCUACGAGUCCAUGACAAUUAUAAGAGCUACGACUUGCAGUAUGCUUCUCCUUUUGUGAGGAGGACCGUGUAUGAGAAGCUUCACAGGGAUCAAGUCAACACGCUCAGAGCCUUCGUAUCUUUCAGGGGAACUGCACUGCAGGGAUUCGCUGCUUUGAAAGGAGGCGUUUUACAAGAACACUUCAGAAGUAUCUCGCAGAACACCAAGCUCUUCAGAGAAUUUACUUUUGGCAAGCCUGUUACAGUUUGGAGCGUCGAUGACUUGACUUCACUGUACGUCUACGACUCUAUAGUAUGGCCUGAGAACCCCAUCGAGGAGACCUUGGACGCUCUGCUCCUAACCAAGAACGCUGCAAAACAAGAUGUUUUGCAGCUCUUUCAAGUGACAGUGACCUCUGGAAGACAUGGCCACGGGCUUAAAUACAACGGACUCUUGAGAGUGAUGGACAAGUUUAAGGUUCCUCCAGUCCGAGUUGAAGUUUACAUAGUUACUACGAACGAUCUCUUUGCAGAUGCAGGCUGGCAGAAUUGGAGGAUCAAGAACAACAAUGUUUUGGCUGACAAGAAAAUCAAGCAGCGGCUCAUAGGUAUUCGGCAGUUUGCAUUGAAUUCUAACGCGUAGGCUAAAUGCUCUAAGUCCUUCCCAAUUCAGGUUUGAGUUUUCGACAAUAUAUUGUAUGAAUAACGAUAUAAUGUAUUCUGUAGGUUGAAAUAUGUGCUGUGAUUACGAAGGGUUGGAUUCUGGUAUGAACGGCGAUACAGAUCCAUCUUUUCUUCUAGCCUUAACAUAGAAGCAUGAUUCUGUCAUUGGUCUUUAUGUAACUGAUACGUCAAAGGUGUUGUUUAUACCUCUUGUUUAUAAUUGUUUUAUCUGAUUCCAUCA